AUGAGCCCCCAGGAAAGCGUACCCCGAACAUCAUAUCUCAUCGAUGCGGAACCGAAGCUAUAUCAACUGCCUCCUGAUCAUCCUGCCCUCAGCGACAAACUUCUCGACGGGUAUCCAGUGACCGCAGCCACGACCAAGUUCUACGAGAUCAACCCUCAUUAUCACCCUAUCAACUCUUGUCUCUGGAGCGUACGACUGGAACAACCUCCAUUCUCAGUUUCACCAAAAGCGAGACCGUCGAAAAGAGGAGGAUAUAAAAAAUGGCCCAUAGCAGGAUUCACAGUAUUAGGAUUGAACACGAAGAGUGAACCUGCUGUUUUUGAUAGAGCUAGUUUAUGUCAAGAUGGGAGUUUAUUAUUAGGAGCUUGUAUGCAACAUGGGAGAGUUGGACAUAGAGAUGAUUGUCCUCAUAGGAAUAUCAGAUUACCUCUUUUGAAACAUCCUUAUCAAUUCCAUUCAUCAACUAUCGACUCACCAUUCCAACUCUCACCUUUCGCGACAACUUCUACAUCUACAUCUAAAUCUACAUCAACCAUCCCAUCCCAAACUCCAUCAAACAACCAAACUCAACUGAAAUCCACAUCCAUAUCCUCGAACAAUAACAAUAAGUCGAUUCGUAAUACGGCUUUGGGACUUAGUCAAAAUCAACAGACAACUACUACGGAAACCGAAAAAUUGUUACGUCACGCACUUCAAAAAGCUCUUGGAGAAUUAGCUUAUUCAACUGAAUUGAGAAGGAAAAUAAUAGAGAAAGUAGAGGAAGAACAUCCUGGGAUGAUCAAUGUUGAGACUAUGUUAAGUUGGGUAGAAGUCGCUAAAGCUGUCGAAAGGAAAAUUGGGAAAGUGGAUGUUGAUAGAUAUUUACAAAAUCUGUAA